UCAGGCUAGCGAGGCGAGCGGAGCGACUACGGUCCCUUCGGUCCCGACGGAGCUCCUUCCUGCCCGACCUGAGGUUCCAGAAUUCGCUUCGCAGUUGCCUCAGCUAUUACAUGAGUGAAUGAUUCAUUACCCAUUAUCCUCCCAGCACCAAGGAGGAGAUCCAGUCCUGCUACCCAGCUAAGUCCAGUCAUGGAGGGACAGGAAGAUGGCAACAACAUCCUCCCUUUUGCCAAGAGUUCCAGGGUGGUCAGCCGAUCUUCACGCUGCAGCCAGCCCUCCCAGAGUAGCAGACCAAUGCCUCAGCCUUACGGAGACACCUUCUGGGAGAAUCUUAGCCGAAGGUCUAGCUCCAACUGGAUGGAAGAACAGUACAUUCCACCAAUGCUGAGGACCACUGGGUGCUCGCAGCCUGGCCUGCACCCUCUUGAGGGGCUUCCUCCUCCUGCAAAGCUCUGGAGAAGAAAACGAAAGAAGCUGCAUUUGAUGCAGACGGGCCCUGGAAACAUUCCGGCCCAUGUUAGAGCUGUUACGUAUCACCUGGAGGACUUGAGGAGGCGACAGAGAACCAUCAACGAACUAAAGAAGGCCCAGUGGGGAAGCUCUGAGGUUCCAUCUGAGAUCCCCCAAGUACCUGAAGAGGGCUAUGGAUUCCUCAGCACUACUGAAUACCUUGACGUGGAAGAAGAGAGGGGAACCGAUCCGCAGGAAGAGAAUUAUUUUGUCACUCCCAGGGAUCAGCUGCUUUGGUCUCCCUGGACCCCCUUAGGCCAGGGGGGGACUUAUGCCUCUGGGCGGCUAAGCUCUCUGGCCCACAGCACUGUUACAGCCAGGAGGAACCCCACUUACAAUCCUCAGAGGAUGGAGCUGGAGUCUGAGGAGUAGUGGAAAAUCAUCCAUGCCCAAGCUUCCAGACCUCACUGCUGGCGGCAAGAUGGUUGUCCUUCUCCUAACCCUAACUGUUGACCACAGCCUAUUUGAGUUCCUAUCCAACGGUCCCAUUCCCUCACAGCCGGGACCCUGGUCUUGUGUUCUUUCUGUUCUGUUAUUAAAGAGCCUGGAAGCAGUGA